GAUAUACGAAAACUUAUAACCCGACUCGCUGCACAAUACGGCCAUGUCUCGCACAUGGGCGUGCUGGACCCAAGUUAUCGAUUCUUCGUCAACGGCGCCCGGACAGGUGCGUUAUCGUAUAAGCUCCAGAAUCGGGUUACUAUAGUCACUGGGGAUCCGUUAUGCGAUCCAGGCAUUUUUGGAGACAUCCUACAUGAAUUCAAGAUGUAUCGGAAACAACGGCGCUGGGGGAUAGUAAUAAUGGGCGCGAGCGAAGUAAUGAUGAAAUAUGCCCGACAGCGCGAGUGGACGGCGAUGCAGUUCGGUGUUGAGCGGGCCCUGAAUCCCAUGGAUAACGAUGUCCUCAUGGAACGGCAUGGGAAGAGGAUCAUAACGCAGAACAAGCAUCUCCUAGACACAAAGAAAGGAGGCAUCUCAUUGGGCGUAUACAUACCGUCUGUUAGAACUAACCCAAUACUCCAGCACAAGUUAAUGGAAGUAUAUGACUCCUGGCGCCACAUGCGCAGCGAAACCGCUCGCGGCAAAUCCCAAGCCUUCAUAACGGUUUAUGACCCCUUCUGCCUCCCCGACCUCAUGAUUUUCAUCUACGCGCGGGACGCCAACGGCACAACAAUGGGCUUCGCAGCCCUCCGCCGCAUACGCGAUUCCCGCGCGUACCACCUCGACCCCUGCGUCGCGGCACCCUGGGCACCCAAAGGAGUCAGCGAACUCCUAACCUACACCUCAAUGACGCUGCUCAACCAAAUGGACAUCUCCACACUAAGCUUCGGAUACGAACCCCUCCAGUCACUCGGUGAAAUGACGGGCAUAUCAUCCAGGAUACAAAAAGUCAUUCGAUAUGUGCAUCGCUACACAUUUCGACGGUUACCGUUGGCGGGGAAGAAGGCGUAUCAUGAUAAGUUCCGGCCGGAUGAGAGGCAGGAUGCGGGAGUGGGGUUGGUUUUUCCGGGGGGUGUGCCUGGGUUGAGGCAGGUGUUUGCUGUGGCUCAUGUGGCACAUAUUAGUAUUAGAAAGUUGGCGUGGCCGGAAGGGAGGACUAAGGAUAAGCCGCGUCGAGUUUGAGAGACUGAGCCAGGUUGAUACAUCAUUAUGAUGUUGAUUAUUAU